AUGGGAUCAUUGAAGAUAGAACCACACUUUCGAGUGGUACAACAGUUCACACCUGAUUAUUCGCCCAAUUGUUUCACUCAGUAUGAAUCGCAGAGGACUGGUAUGCGGGUGGUCGUGGUCGACCAACAAGGUCCAAAGCUGUACGGCUUCUUCAUACUUGCUACUGAGAUCCAUGAUGACUCCGGGGCCCCGCACACCCUGGAGCAUCUGUGCUUUAUGGGCUCUAAGAGCUACAAGUACAAGGGCUUCUUGGAUAAACUUGCGACAAGGGCAUAUUCUAGCACCAAUGCGUGGACUGCUACCGACCAUACUGCGUACACUCUAGAAACCGCAGGCUGGGCAGGAUUCGCCCAAAUGCUUCCGAUCUAUCUCGAGCACGUCAUAGUGCCAACACUGACCGACGCGGCUUGCGUUACAGAGGUACACCAUAUCGAUGGCGAAGGCAACGAUGCAGGCGUGGUAUAUUCGGAGAUGCAAGGUGUGCAAAACACUGCCAACCAGCUGGUAGAGCUCAGAGCGAAGCGUCUCAUCUAUCCCGAGAAGACUGGAUUCCGCUACGAGACAGGAGGUAUGCUUGAACAGCUCCGAGAGCUGCCUGCGAAACGGAUCCGAGAUUUUCAUCGCGAAAUGUACCAGCCCAAGAAUCUGUGUUUGGCACUGUUUGGCGAAAUCGAUCAUGACCAUUUGUUGGAGAUCUUGGACACAUUUGAGACCACUAUUCUGGAUGACAUUCCUAGCCCCAACGCACCUUUCAAACGACCAUGGGUCGACUCGGUACAAACCCCCCCUCUAUCAGAGUCUGCCAUCGAGACUGUGGAAUUUCCCGAAGAGGAUGAGUCUUCUGGACAGAUAGACGUCAUUUUCCUAGGACCACACUGUGCAGAUCCCCUUUUGAAUGGAGCGCUAAAUAUAGUUCUCCUCUAUUUGGCUGGAUCACCUGCAGCGCUUCUGGACAACACCAUUGUCGAGAAGGAGCAGCUUGCUAGCGGCGUCUACUUUCAAACGGAUAGCCGUCCGAGAACUGAGAUAUCGUUCUCCAUCUCAGGUGUGGAGACGAAUAAGCUGGAAUUCGUAGAGAAGCGGUUCUUUGAGGUGCUCCGAGAUGCGAUGGACAAGGAUUUGGAUAUGAGCUUCAUGCAGGACUGCAUCGACCGUCAAGUUCGAACGUACAAGUUCAACACCGAAGCCACUUCGACAGCCUUCUCAGAUCAUAUCAUCUCUGAUUUCCUCUAUGGGAAGCGAGACGGUACCACAAUGGAGACAGUCGCAACCUUGGAGGAGUACACUAGAUUGUCGAAGUGGAAUCAGGAGCAAUGGCGAAACUUCAUCAAAGAUAACAUUUCCCACGCUCACCACGUGUCCAUUCUUGGAAAGCCAUCCGCCGCCCUUUCGGCGAAGCUCAAAGCAGACGAAGCAUCCAGAAUCGAACAGCAGAAACAGAAGCUUGGCCCAGAAGGACUGAAAGGAAUGCAAGAGAAACUGGACAAGGCAAAAGCUGAAAACGACAGAGAAAUACCUACUGAGCUUCUUGCCGGAUUUCGAGUGCCCUCGACAGAGUCGAUCCAUUUCGUCAACACGUCUUCGGCACGUUCUGGUCCCGCACUCGACGUUGGUAGACCUCAAAAUAGAUACCAGAAGAUUAUCGACGCAGAUAGCUGGCACAAUCCGCUUUUCCUGGACUUUGAGCAUAUACCAUCAAACUUCGUUCGCGUCUACCUCAUAAUCUCUACGCAGACCCUGCCGCUGGAGCUCCUUCCGCUUCUCUCGAUCUACACGGAAGCAUUUUUCAACUUACCGAUACAACGAAAUGGCCAAACGAUCAGUUUUGAGCAAGUUGUCGUUGAGCUGGAGAGAGAUACUGUUGGCUACGAUAUGCAAGGUGCAGGAGACCUCGGAAAUAUUGAAUGUUUGCGGGUUGGACUGCAAGUUGAAUCUGGGAAGUAUGCCGUCGCAAUUGACUGGAUCAAACAACUACUGUGGAAAUCAGUGUUUGAUCUUGAAAGACUCAAGGCUGUUACUGCACGAUUGGUGGCAGACAUCCCAGAACGCAAGCGAAAAGGAAGCCAUAUGCUGGGUGCUGUUAUCUCGAUGAUACACCUUGUUCCAGAGUCGAUAGGCCGAUGUCGAAGUACGCUUGUCCAGGCCUUAUAUCUCAAACGCAUUAGACAUCUCCUCAAAACCGACCCCGAGGCUGUGAUAGCACGAUUCGAGCAGCUUAGAUCUAAGCUGUGCCGGUUUGAAAACUUCCGCGUCGUCGUCAUUGGCGAUCUGGACAAGUUGAAGAAACCGGUGUCUACGUGGGAAACAUUCUUGGAAGAACUGGACACUGACAGACCUCUAUCCCCGUUAGGUAAGCGUAGCGAGCGCCUGAGCGACGCUGGAAAGCGUCCCGGAAAGUUGGCGUAUAUUGUGCCAAUGUCCACUGUGGAUUCCUCCUUCGCUUCCAGCACCGCUCUUGGACCCAAUUCUUUUGAUGACCCGAAUUUGCCUGCGUUGAUGGUUGCUUUAUCAUACCUGAAUGCUGUGGAGGGCCCGUUGUGGGUCGCUGUUCGCGGGACAGGUCUUGCAUAUGGCACGUCGAUGUCGUAUGAUCUCGAGUCUGGCCACAUCCACCUUGAUAUCUACAGGUCGCCGGACGCAUAUAAAGCAUUUGAAGCAAGCAAGAAGGUUGUGGAAGAUCAUACCACUGGGGUCAUUACAUUUGAUCCACUCAUGCUCGAAGGAGCUAUCAGUAGUAUUGUCGUUGGAUUUGCUGAUGAGCAGGGUACUCUUGCCAAUGCAGCUCAAGCCAGUUUCAUCCGGCAAGUCAUGAGAGGUCUACCGACCAAUUACAUGGAGACGAUGCUGAAGAAGGUUCGAGAUAUCAAAGUCGACCAGAUCAAAAAUGUCUUGAAAGGAGUUGUGCUAAAUGUUUUCAAUCCGGACAAGGCCAAUGUUGUGACCACAUGUGCACCAGGUCUCAAAGAUGGAACCAAAAGUGGUCUAGAGUCCCUUGGGUUUGUACCACAGAUCAAGGACCUGGACUCUUUCCAGGAUGACUAUGGCCUGCAGCCAGCGAUUGGGGAGGAAGAAGACUCCGACGACGUCGACGAAGAAGAAGGUGACGAGGAGGAGGAAGAUGAUGAAAAUGAGGAUGGAGUAGAAGAUGGCGUUGGGAUAGACAACACUGGAGAUGCGUGA